UAGAAACCGUAUAAAAAUAAGAGGAAGAACACACCUCUCAUCUUCUCCAUUCUUCUUAUCCUGAAGAAUAAUCCAUCAAAUUCACAACUCAACUCAAAUCACACCACCAAAAUGCGCAUCCUUUCGAGGCGGCCACCCUGCCUCUCUUCAUCUUUCCAACACUCUUUAACCAGACCCACUUUCAAUUUCUCACACUCCACUUCACCUUCACCUUCAUCAUCAUCUUCAUCUUUUUCCUUUCUUACUUUUAGACCCUUGAAUAAACGCUUUCAUUUCUUUAACUCUCCUCGUUCUUCGCUCAAAGAAACCAAGAAACAGCAACGAACUUUACAAACCAACGCCCCACCGCCUCAGAGCAGCAUCAGGAGGCUCUUGAACUUGAAUAAUAAUAAUGAUGAUGAUAGUGGUGGUGGUGGGGAUGAUGAGGAUGAAGAUGAGCAGAAGCAGAAUGCUAUUAAAGGGACCAUCUUGGCUGGUUUGUUGCUUGUGGGUGUUGUUGGUGGGUUUGGUGCUGUUGGGUAUGUUUAUAGAGACCAGAUUAAUGCUUUCUUGAUUCAGUUUUCUAGCUUCAUUGAAGGAUAUGGCCCUGCUGGAUACGCUCUUUUUGUUGCAGUUUAUGCUGGCCUGGAAGUGCUUGCAAUACCAGCAAUCCCGUUGACAAUGUCAGCUGGUCUUCUGUUUGGAUCGUUUACAGGCACAAUACUUGUUUCUAUAAGUGGGACUGUAGCAGCAAGCGUUGCAUUUUUAAUUGCUAGAUAUUUUGCGCGCGACCGGAUACUUAAAAUGGUUGAAGGGAACAAGAAAUUUCUUGCAAUUGAUAAAGCAAUUGGAGAAAAUGGUUUUAGAGUUGUCACACUUCUCCGUUUGAGCCCGUUACUCCCGUUUUCUCUUGGAAAUUACUUAUAUGGACUUACAUCAGUCAAGUUUGUUCCAUACGUCUUAGGAAGUUGGUUGGGGAUGCUACCUGGAACAUGGGCUUAUGUUAGCGCUGGUGCAUUUGGUCGAGCAAUCAUUCAAGAAGAAUCAGGAUUAGGUUUAGCAGGGGGGACUAAUCAGCUACUGACUUUGGGUGCGGGAUUACUGGCAACAGCCCUGGCUGCAACCUAUGUCACACGGUUGGCCAAGGAUGCCAUGAAAGACAUCGAAUAAGGCAUAUGGAUACUCUUUCUUAUUCUGGCAUAGUUUAAAAGCUUCGACUUACAGUAUCCAUGGCUAUCACUUAUCAGAAUCAGCUGUGUGUAAUUCUAAAAGGUCACUUGUUGAAGCAACUGUAAAUUUGAACCCCCUUUAUAUCAUUGAUAUCAUUUUAAGCACACUUUUCUGAUCCCA